UCUCCCCUCCCCCCUUCCGGGCCCCCGCCAGCUGAGGGGAGCUGCCGACUGGAGCCGCCGUCCGGCUCCCCGGCCCCCCAAACAAAGGACCCGCCGGGUCCUAGUGCCCGCCCGCUCAGUCACCUUCGCGCCUCCGGGUCCUAGCGCCCGCUCACCGCUCGCAGCCCACCCUGCCCACCUCUGCCUCUGCCAGUCCCCAAUACCUGCCCCCAUAUAGGCUUGCCUUUAUCUUUCUCCUUGCCUGCUGCCCCUCAGCUCGCGCCCCUCCUGCACCUGCCUCCGGCUUUCCCUGUCCGCAACAGUCCUCCACGUGUUUCCCACGCACCCCACUUCUGUGCCCCCUUCCUCACCCCCCUUGUUCCUUCGCCUUUUGCCCCACACCUCCUGCUCCUUUUCGGCAUUUGCCUGCAGCUGCAGUGCUUUUAGACUCCCGCCCUCUCCGCGUUAGUUCGUCGGUCCAUCCAUCUAUCCUCUCUCCCUCCCUCCAUCCUUCGGUCCAUCCAUCCAUGCCUCCAACCCACUGUCCUUUCCCAGGCCUCUUGCCCUGCCUCUUGGCUCUCUGCUCUUACUCUCACCUUCUCUAGGCCUCUGAGUGCCUUAGUGAGCGGGCCUACAGCCCCUUCUUCUGAUCUUUGUCUUCUGGGCCCCAGGGAGCACCUGGCCUCGUGGCCUUUCGGGGUGACAGCAGGCAUCACGCCCCUGAAGAAGUUUGCAAGUGAGAAGAGGUGGAGGAGGAGACUGCACGGAGGGGUCUCUAAUGACACUUGUUCUCCUCUGAGACAUCCGACUCCCAAAACUGAGGUACAAGGGCAACCCCUGCCCAAAGGCCCUGUAAGAAGGGGAGGGACUUGCAUAGCUGACCAAGGAGACUUUGAAGAUGCUCAAGGACCAAAGACAGCAGUUUCUCUGCUCUGUGACCAUCCUAUCAGUGCAGUACCUGAGAAGCUGGGUGUAACUUUGACAAUGCUAUGGUAACCCAGGGGCUGAGCUGGAGGAGAGUAGCAAAAACAUGAAGAAGUUGGAUGCCAUGACCCUCAUUAAAGAAGACAUGUCCAUCUUCGGGCACUGCCCUGCCCAUGAUGACUUCUAUUUGGUUGUGUGUAACCACUGUAGCCAAGUGGUGAAGCCUCAAGCUUUCCAGAAGCACUGCGAAAGAAGACAUGGGCCACUCAGCAAGCUUUAUGCCCGGGCCCCACCCCCACCUCCAGCCCCUGCCAGCUCUCAGAAAUGCCAUGUAGUGAAUGGGCAGGGCCCAGCUUGUAGGGCCCCAGGUUCCACGAAAACCUCCUCCAGGGAGAAGGGCCAGGGGUCCCGGAGCCGUGGCCACCAGCCUCCUGAGAAGACCCAGAAGGACAACCUCUGCCUUUUCGUGCCUGUGGUGAAUCUGGAGAAGAUGUCCAGUCUCCCGAAGCCUGAUGGACAUGGAAUCAGAGUGGCCCCACCCUCUGCUUUUCUCAGCCAGCCAGGGGGCCUCACCAAGGACUCCCCUGGAAAACCUCCCAUGGCUCCCCCUUCUAAAGAACCUCCUGGCAGAGAGAACAUCGAGAUCAUCCCCAGUGAGGGGUCCAGUCACUGGGCUGAAGGCAGCCCUCCUGAAAAGGAGCCCAGUGGGACCAGGCUGCCCCCUAAAACCCACCGGAAGAUGGCUCGAAAGGAGUGCGACCUCAACAGGCAGUGUGGGGUAAUAAAUCCAGAGACCAAAAAGAUCUGUACCCGCCUGUUGACCUGCAAGAUCCACUCAGUACACCAACGCCGGGAAGUCCAGGGCCGGGCCAAGGACUUUGAUGUGCUGGUGGCAGAGCUGAAGGCCAACUCCCGCAAAGGGGAGUCUCCCAAGGAGAAGAGCCCAGGACGCAAGGAGCAAGUUCUCGAGCGCCCCUCCCAGGAGCUCCCCUCCUCAGUCCAGGUUGUGGCAGCGGUGGCUGCUCCCAGCGGCACCUUCUCUGUUCGUGCCAAGCAGACCUACCCAUACUGUGCACUGCCCAGGUCCCAGGCCUCCUCCGAGAGUGAACUGGAUGAUGAAGGCCCCUGUGGUGGUGACGGGGACCCAGGCCUGUUCCCCUUCCCCAUGCCCCGGGGUGGGGCCCAGGCCUCCAGCGAAGAGAGUGAGGAGGAGGGGACAUCUGACGACCUCCACCCACCCCCUGACUGCCAUUAUGCAACCCGGCCCCCACGGCCACAGGCGUUCUGCACCUUUGGGAGCCGGCUGGUGAGCCCAGGAUGCUAUGUGUUUAGCCGCCGGCUGGACCGGUUCUGCUCUGCACUCAGCUCCAUGCUGGAGCGGCACCUCAGCUCACACAUGUGGAAGAAGAUCCCACCGGCAGCUGAACCUCCAGCUCACCUUGUCAACUCCCCGUUAUCUGCUCCCCUGAGCCCAUCCUCUACAGGCACCUGCCCCCGCCUUCCAGGUCCACCCCUGAGACCUGCCUGCCCAGCCUCCACGCCCCCCACCAAGGACAACCUUGUCCCCAGCUACCCUGCAGGCUCCCCCAGCGUGGCAGCUGCCUGUAGCCAGGCAGAGUGCAUGGGCGGGAGCCAGGCUAUCACCUCACCACUGCCUGCCAACACGCCAUCCCCGUCCUUCAGCAAGUUACCACCUUCCAAGGCCAGUAAGUCAUCCAAAGGCAAGGACGGGGUGGAGGUGGAGGCCCCUUCUCGAAAGCGGAAGUUAUCCCCUGGCCCCACCACUCUUAAACGGACCUGCAUCCUGGAGCCCACUGGAAAAGGCAAACCCUCUGGCUGUCGGGGCCUCUCGGCCAAAACUAAAACAGCCCUGAGCAUGGGGCUUAAUGGGACAAUGGGGCCAAGAGUGAAGCGGGCAGGGCACCUGGACUGUCGUGGCUCCCCUCAUCAGCUCCCCACACCAGUCAAGGCUUCUCAGCUGGAGAACCGGGGAGCAGCUGGACACCCAGCCAAGGCCCUGCCAACCAACUGCCUCUCUGAGGAGGAGGUGGCCAAGAAGCGGAAAAACCUGGCCACUUACUGCCGGCCAGUGAAGGCCAAGCACUGUCAGGCUGGUGCCCCUGCUGAUGUGGCCUGCCCUGUGCGCCGCAAGAAGCCAGGCCCGGCCCUCGCCUUUGAGGAGAAGUGCUCUACGCUGAAGGUACUGGAGCUACCUCUGUUCCCUGAAGGAAAGGGAGUUUGAGUCCCUGGGUCACAGCCUAACAUGCCGAGCAGCAAGUCAAAAGCCCAUUAACGAGAAAGUGCCUGCCCACUGCAACGGAGCCGCCAGCACCUCCUUCCCUCCAGAUCCGGGCCCCAGGCUGCUGCCGCUUUUUAUAACUUUAUAUUAUUUUUUUUAAGAAAAAAAGCUCUUUAAAAUACCUCAA